CGCCUAUCAAAAUCUGGAAAUGGUUCAUCGAGUUUGGUCUUGUUUGUACGACGGACAAAACAUCCUUCGAGUUGGAAAGAUUGCAAACAGCGAAGAAUUGAUUCCCAAACGGGAAGAGGAGGAGCAAACGAAUUUUCCCUGAGGAUGCUGCUAGGAGCCCCAAGAGAGAUUCUAUAAAUUGAAAAAUGGGGGGAGAAGAUUCUGAACGCGAUAAAGAUGGUAAGUGGAAACCUCCGCCGCAGAAGGCCGACUUAAAGCUUUGGGGAAUCCUCGCCUUUACUGUAAUCGGCGCAACCGCCACCACUUUCGCCGUUCAUCAGCUGCGAAGAACUUUUGAUUGGGUCUAUACUCAGGUAGGAAGAGCACAGUCAGCAGCGCGAAAAGGGACCAGAGGCGGUUCUUUUAGAACAGCUUAUCAGGAGGAAGCAUGGAGAAGGUACAAUAAACGGAUGCAGGAGGAGUAUGAGGAAGAGCUGGAGAGAGUGGAACGUAUUAGGCGUAUGCAAAGCGUUUUCAACAGGGAGAGGAACAAAUUUAGAGGGGGCUUUGAGAAUUGGAAGGAGAAUGAUCCUAAUGCUCACCAAUACCAUCAGCAGUAUCAGAGACAUGAUUGGUACUGGAAAGCUGAGUCUACCUUUCGAAACCAAAGGACCAAUCACCAGGAGCCUCCAAAACAGAGUACUAGAGUCUAUCCACUAUCGCAUCACUACUCUGUUUUAGGGCUCAGCAGGUCCAGGGCAACUCCAUACACAGAAGCUGAGAUUAAGAAAGCGUUCAGGGAGAAGGCGAUGGAAUUUCAUCCAGACCAAAAUCAAGAUAACAAAGAUGUAGCUGAAGCAAAAUUCAAAGAGGUGUUACUUUCAUAUGAAGCUAUAAAAGAGGAAAGAAAAGACAAGUAGGUGUGAGAUUUUUUUUUGUUAAAGAGAUCAAUCUUUUUCCCCAUACAGGCUACGAAUGUCGAUAUAUGAAACAGGUUUACUCUUGUGUGUUCGCAUUAUAGGUUCAUUUAUAUAAUAAUCUUGUCGUUUGUGUUCGAAGCAGUUGUGCUUCUUUGUUGUAAUAUAACCAAACCAAGUCCAGAUUAAUCAAGGUGGAAAUAAGGAAAACAUAAAGAAAACUGAAUUUCUAGUUUCUA